AUGGAUGCAAAACUGGAAGAAGCCACGGCUUCGCAAAAAGCAGAGAUUGAAGCAAUUGCAGUUCUCAAAGAUGACAUCCCGCCAUCUCAAUCCGGCGCCAUAACCGAGGCAGAGAAGAAGCUCCUCUGGAAACAAGACAUCCGCAUCAUCCCCAUCUCGGCAGGCAUCUACUUCCUCUGCUUCCUCGACCGCGCCAACAUUGGCAACGCAAAGGUCCUCAACGUCACCACCAACGACGACCUGCAGCACACCGCCAACAUGAGCAACAAGCAGUUCAACGUCGCCCUCAUGGUCUUCCUCGUUGCGUAUGCCGUCUUUGAAGUGCCCAGCAACAUCCUGCUCAAGAAGCUGCGUCCGAGCCGGUGGCUGGCCUUUUUGAUGUUUUGCUGGGGCAUCAUUACCAUGUGUAUGGGUGCCACGAACAGCUUCGGGACUGUCACGGGGGUGAGGUUCUUGCUGGGGGUGUUUGAGGCGGGCUUGUUCCCGGGAUUGGUCUAUUACUUGACCUUUUGGUAUCGUCACGAUGAGCGAAGCGUGAGAGUGGCCUUUAUUCUUGCCUCGGCAACGUUAGCAGGCGCUGUAAGCCCAAUCUCAUUCUUUUUUGGCGGUGCCAUCGCCUAUGGAAUCGGCCACAUGAACCAGACCCAGGGCCUGGCCGGCUGGCGCUGGCUCUUCAUCCUCGAAGGCAUCCCGUCCUGCCUCUCCGCCUUCCUCGUCCUCUUCUUCCUCCCCGACUACCCAGAGAGCGCCACCUGGCUGUCCGAGCCCGAAAAGGACCUCGCCGUCCAGCGCCUCUUUCACGAGGGCAGCAAGGGCCAUCAUCCCAGCAUGACGUGGCAAGACGCCAAAGCUACGCUCACCGACUGGCGUCUGUAUGCUCACUACGCCAUCUACUUCGCCGUCAGCCCGCCGUUUGCCAGUCUGAGUCUCUUUUCGCCGUCCAUCACGAGCGGUCUUGGAUAUGUCGACCUGGAGGCGCAGCUCAUGACGGUGCCCCCUUGGGCGGUUGCCUACGUCUGCCAAGUCCUCGUCGCAAUCUCAGCAGACCGCUUCAACGCCCGCGGCUAUCACGCUGCAGGGGCCGCCCUGGUGGGCGCAGUCGGCUUCAUCGUCUCGGCCGCUCUCCCAGCAACAUCGUACAAGGCUCGCUACGGAGGCCUCAUCCUCGCUACCGCGGGCUCCUUCGCCAGCAUCCCGCCCAUGCUGGGCUGGCUGACGUCCAACGUCGUCAGCACCGCGUCCACGGGCCUCGCCAUCGCCAUCAACGUGAGCAUCGGCGGAGGCUUGGGGCAGAUCCCCGGCGUGUGGAUCUACAAGGCGGACGAGGCGAAGAAGGGGUACCCCACGGGCCAUUGGACGAAUGCGGGCUUUUUGCUUUUUGUUGUGGCCGUUACGCUGGGGUUGAGGGUGUUUUACGGGCGGAAGAAUAAGGCUUUGAUUGCGCAUGGGGAGAGGGAGGGGGUUUCUGUUCGACUGUACAAGCUCUGAGGUGG